AAGACGUACAAAACUCAUAAGGCAUUAAAAGCCUACGCUUGAUUCAACGAAUUCUUUCAACCUAGAAGAGAAAACUAUGACGUUAAUGGAUAAGGUGAAAUUUACUUACAAGAAGAGGAAAGAAGUAAAACCUCCUAAAGUGAAAAGUAAAAAUAAAACUGGUUCAUGCUGUGAUAUUAGUCAACCGACAACAUUUCGUCAUAUCCAGCAUGUUGCAUACAAUGAAGAUUCAAAGACAUUUAGCAUAUCAUUUCAAGAAAGUGAAAUACUCAGACAAAUAAUGUCUGCUUUGAAAUGUGAAAUAGAAUUAAGCGAAAGUGCUCAACAAAAACUUCUAUAUGAUUUUGCUCAAAAAUUUGGUGGAUUAAAAAUGAUGCAAAUUAUCAUAAAUCGAGCAUUAAAACAAAAUCCUGAGCAUAUUUCAAAAUCCCCGCUUGGAUCAUCAUCGUCAUCAUCACUAUCUAGGCAUGAAAGUGAUGCCAAACAACUCGAUGAAGUAUCCAGUGUUGCUGCUGAAUAUGUUCGUCAGCAGAUAGAGGAAAAAUCUCCUGCAGUGAACAGCAGUGACAAAGCAGUUAAGCCUAAGACUUCAGAUGAUGAAGUUCAAGAUGAUGCACUGAAAAGUGAUAACUCGCCUGAACCAAAUGAUGAUUGUGAUAAGAACGAGAAUGAAAAAGCCGACAAAGAAGAAAUCCAACAGCAUAAUAAUAAUAUUUGUAAUACAGAUGAGAAAGAAGUACCAUUGGCCGAGAUAUUCAAUCAACAAACAGCAUCAAAAGAGUUAUUCAAUUCAUCGCCAGGUGAAAUUAUUCCAUUUGGAACACAUAUGAAUGAAGGAGUUGAGAACAAUAUCCCAGUGGAUAUUGAUCAACUUGAUUCAUCCUGUGAAACAAUGAUUGAUUUACUCAUGGAAGCUGUGUUUUUGAAAGCAUUGAAGGUAAUCAAAGUUAGACAAAGUCAAAGAAAAUCAUGUGCGUUUACUGGUGAAUAAACAUAAAGUUGAGUUGAAAACAUGAUGUCUCUGCGUGGAUUAUGUUUCGCACAAAUAAUGCACUUCAUCAGAUUGCUUACUGAAUAUUUCCCCAAUGUAAUACACAUUUCAGUGACAAUGAAUUUUUUUAUUUGAUUGCAUUAUUAGUUUUUAUAUUACUUAGAUGUAUUCCACUGGUGUGAUUCCAUUGAAAUUUGUCAGUGUUGAUUGCUGAAAGUCAAAUUCUGAAAAGCUUAAAGACUCAGAUUAUUCCUUUUUACUACCUUUUGGAAAGAUUU